AUGAGCAAACUGUUAGGAGAUAGUGUUGACGAUGAACAGUGCAGUUAUCAGGUGCCGUCAAAGGUCGGUCGUUAUGCGGGUCGUGUGGAAUGGAAAAAGGAGGAUCGAGUUGGUCCAUUGCUACGCAACUUCAGAUUCGCUGUAGUCAAUCGUGACUACGAUUCUGUCAAGAAAAUUUUCAGUUCAUUUGGAUGUGACAUGCAUGUUGAACAAUCAGAUCGUCUCACUGAGUUGGUGCUCGAUAGAUACACAGCUGAACCAACGAAGGAAGCUUUAAUGACAGCAAUUUGUAUUGGAAGUCGUCCACUUGUAGAAUUCAUUCUUUCGCUUUUUUAUGAGUUCCCCUCAGAGGAACGAACUGGAUGCCGCUAUUCCAGUGCAUUCCCACCGCAUAUGACACCAUUAAUGCUCGCUUCUGUAUGCAACAAUUUUGCAAUCGUACAAUGUCUACUUCUUCGUGGUGUGUGUGUAACUUGCAAGCAAUGCACAAGAAGCCUCACAAAGGGUUUAGUAACCCUUGAUACAUACCGAGCUAUGACAAGUGAAGCUUUCCUUUGGUUAGCGUGCUGCGAUCCGCUUUAUGCUUCAUUUGAACUAGCUACCGACCUGGAGGUAGCGUACCAACAAUUACACCAGAAAGUCAUGUUCUUCGCAGUUCAGUUUAUUGAAAGAUGUUGGGAUAUGAAGGAAGUGGAUUUGUUGUUAUCUCGCAAUGAGGAUGAGCAUGUCUCUUUGGUAGAUGAUCCACUGCGUUUACCACGUCUUCCAAUUGAGACAAUUCUUCACCUUUACGUCUAUGUCUAUGCAUUAGGGAUGGCUUUAAGGCAUUAUCUGGAUCUUUAUACUCGUGGUAUGGCAUCAUUUUAUGAAAUGUGGUGGGUUUGGUUUGAUUUGAUAUUAUUGUUGCUUUUCUCUGGUGCAUGUUUUUGUAAAGUUAUGACCUGGGCAGUUUAUCGACAAGAUGGAUUAAUGAAACUGCAUCGCAAACAUUGGGUUUUUUAUGAUUUUUCGAUGAUGUACGAUAUUUGCUUUGGUAGUGCAUGCAUACUGGCAUUCUGGAGAAUAUUUUAUUACGUGCAACUUAGACGUAUUCUUGGUUCAACAGUGGUAAGAAUUUCAAUCGCAUGUUGUGUUGCCGAUGUCGUUUCAUUCCUAACCAUAAUGGCCGUUGUGAUGUGGUGUUUUUCAAUUGGUAUCAGCUGUAUUUAUGAACCAUAUUUGGGUAAUAAAGUCAUCAAUAUUGAUGGCACUCAUUCAGUGAUGCAAAAUACUUACAAUGGAAUAUUGAAAACAUUACGUCAGUUAUAUUGGUCAUUCUACGGCUAUUUGGCUCCAUGGGACUAUACACUAAUUGUUGGGAAUGUGGGCCCAAAUGCUGAACGUGCACAGCAUGUGUUCACGGUAAUUGCUGGUGAAGUGAUUGUUGCCAUAUUCCAUAUCACUGUUGUUGUUACGUUACUCAACUUGAUGGUUACUAUAUUAGUGAAACGAGCUGAUGAAGUGCAGGAAGGAGGAGGGGGUAACGACGACGUGUCAGAUCAUCAAAAUGGGGAAUGGAGCACCCGAGCGUGA